AUGUUCAAUAGUAGUCUUAAUGGUCAAAUACCUGAAUCCAUCUUCAAUCUCUCCAAGUUACAAUGGCUUGAGUUUACUGCCAAUAGUAUAUCCGGCAAUCUUCCAUCAUCAAUUGCCAAUGGGCUCCCCGAUCUCGAAAUUCUCUAUCUUGGUGAAAAUCGAUUGAGCGGAGAUAUUCCUGCCUCUGUUUCAAAUUUUUCUAAGCUUACUACCUUGGAACUUUAUUCCAACUCCUUCAGUGGACGAGUACCCACGAAUCUUGGGAAUUUACAGAACCUACAGAAGCUACAAAUUGAUCAUAAUGAGUUGACAAAUGAUCCUUCAACGCCCGAAUUAGAUUUUCUUAUUUCAUUGAAAAAUUGUAGGAAUUUGAAGAUCAUAAGGAUGGGAUUCAAUUCUUUCCAUGGAAUAUUACCGAAAUCCUUGGGUAAUUUGUCAACAUCUGUAGAAUCUUUUACCGCCGAAAAUUGUCGUAUUAAAGGUAUCAUUCCUAAUGAAAUUGGUAAUAUGAGCAGCUUGAUCGGGUUAGACAUUGGAGGCAAUGAAUUGACAGGAACAAUCCCUGACACAUUGGGUCAAUUAAGAAAAUUGCAAAAGCUGAGACUUGGUUUUAAUAAACUAGGGGAGUCGGUACCUUUCACCCUUUGCAAAUUGAAAAAUCUAUAUUAUCUAGAUUUGAGGAAUAAUAGGCUUUCUCAACAGCUACCAACUUGUUUAGGAAAUCUUACCUCUUUACAAGAAAUUUAUUUAGAUUACAAUUCAUUGACUUCCACUAUCCCAUCUACACCUUGGACUAACAAGGCUAUUCAGAUUUUGAGUUUAGCUCAUAAUUUGCUGAAUGGGCCACUGGCUUCAGAAAUUGGAAACAUUGCGAGCAUAAGAAUGUUAGAUUUAUCAGGAAAUCAGUUUUCAGGAAUACAAGUGGGCAUGAAUGGAGCAUCUAUGACUGUGUUGGCUGAAGCAGUCUUGGUUCAUGAACGAUGA